AUGUCUGGAAAUUCAACAGGUAGAUGUGGAUUCUACUUUGAACUUGCGAUCAAAAGAUGGAGGGAGUGUUAUAAAUCCGUACGAACAAGCGUUUGUCUCAAUAUUGUGAGCACAAAUUUUGCAACAUUCUCCGGCGAUUCCCCUCAGUUGAUCAGCAUUGAAGAUCUGAAGAUCAAUGUUCCUUAUCAUAUUCGUGUUAUGGACCCUUUCGAAGAAGCACUGAUGCAGUCCUUGUCUGCAAUCCAAGAUAGAGAAGCUGACUUCACUCUAUACUCCACUGCCAUCACAACUAAGGAGACAGAGACAUACUUAACGGGGGAGUACUGGUUUCAUAACAUCCGCCGUCCAGUGAGGUAUUUAGAAGCAGUAAGUGAAGUGUUGAAGGAUGGCUAUACCUUACGCGUAGAAAUUGGACCAUCCUUGUUGGCGCAACUGGAGGUUAUCCCUGCCACCCAUGAUUUUAUUAUAAGCUCCCGCAUAGCAGAUGCUAAACCAGACGAUCCAUGGCAAAUAAUUUCACGUGAAGUGGUUAACAUUAAUAAAAUUCUAUUUGAACUUAGAGAGAGAGGGCUGGUCUCCGGUACGGCAACUCCUUUUGCGGUACACAGAAGAUAUGGAGACUUGGGAAUGAGAUAUUUGUUUGCACUUGUGGUACUCCCCAAAGCCUUGCAUCAAGAAGCAGCACGCUUCCGAAUCCACCCUGCUCUUCUGGAUGCAAGCUUGCAUACCUUGUAUGGUGACCAACAGUACAUAGGGAGCCCAAUGGAAAUACAUCUACCUCCCUUAUACCAUCGAAGAAGUGCAAAUGUUGACACAUGUGGGGCUGUAAGCACUGCCACAGCUUCCCUCUGGGCGGGCGUAGCCUCAUUCUUGUCCCAAAGUAUCAUCUUGACUUCCUCGGGGGAUUCAGCUAUUGAUCCACAGGUCAACCUAGUGUUGACGAUCCAUGCGAUCAUGGAAAUUGCAAACCACCUUCAUUCACGUAAAGGGGCUACGACUGUGAUCGUCAUUAGCAAAGGAGCUUGUAUGACCCCAGUAGAUUCACACUGCGACCCAUUCUCUUCUGCUCCACAGACGGCCGUAAGGGUAGCGGCGAACGAACUUCCGUGGGUCCGAUUCCGGCUGGUAGACCUACUAUUUGGUGAGAGCAAUAAGCAUCUCAGAUUGCUCGAAUCAGAACUCUGCAGAGGCCGACUUCGCUGUGAUCAAAAUGUAGUAGCCUGGCGCCCAGAAGGAGCAUUCGUGAAACGGCUGAUCCUCCUUAACCCUGAACAUGAAGGGUGCAAGGAUUGCAAGCCUGUACAUAUAAUGCCCGCACGGUGUGGCCGUUAUUUUGCCGAACCCGAUCCCGGAGGCUCAGUAGAUGGCAUUAAGUUCCGUCAAUGUGUUCCCUGGUCGGAUGUCCUUGGAGCCGAAGACGUAGGCAUGGACAUCCACUACGCAGGUUUAAACUUCAACGACAUCAUUAAUAACUUGGGCCUAUCGAAUGAACGUGCGGUUUCCAUGUCUCUUUCAGGGCUCACACUCGGGAUCUCCGGUGUUGGCGAAAAGGUAAAGGGCCUCGAAGUUGGAUGCGAAUUUGUGGCUGGAGUAGCCAGUUGCAUUUCUGGGAAUCUUAUCACCAACCAAAGUCUAGUUCAUUUCAAGCCCAAGUCGCGUGACCUAGCACAAGCUGCUGCCGGUGGUGAACUUGGAGCACAUGUAUAUGCAACCGCUGGGAGACCCGAACGGCGUGAAGCUGUUGCAAACAUGCAAGGCGUUCGGGGAGCAUUUGAUUCCCAUUCAGUGUCAUUCCAUGAUGCAGUCAAAAAGGCCACAAAUAGACGCGGGGUUGGUGUGGAGUUGAACUCGCUAGCUGGUGAACCCCUAGCCGCACUUGCCGAAUGCCUGGCAUCAUUUGGGCGGCCUGUAGAGAUUGGAAAAAUCAAUAUCUGUCAUAAUAGGCGGCUGGACCUAGAGCAAUUUGGCCAGGACUGUUCGUUCUUUAUUUUUAACAUGGAUCGAUUGGUCAAAAAAAGCCGGAGAGACAUCACGAAUUGCAAGCUUCAGCUGCCCAGUGGCCAAAGCUACCUUAUCACAGGAGUUGCCGGCGGACUGAGCUUGCAACUGGCAAAGUUUUUAGCUGACAGAGUACAAAAUAUUGCACUUGUCAGUCAAUCAGGACCUAAAUCAGGAGACAGUAGAGCAACAACCGAGUGUUUACGAAGACUUGGAGUUGAAGUUUGGGUUGAACUCGCGGACACUACCACCACGAAAAAAGUCCAUUCACUGUUCAGCCAUGAGAGAGGUUGGCCAGCUGUGUCUGGUAUUGUUCAUUGUGCUGCCGUGUCAGGGAAUGUAACAUUGAAGGACACCGCAACUGAUAGCUUCAGAAGAACCUUUGAUCCAAAGCAAAAGGCGAGUGGAAUCUUCACCAAGUCACAAAAAGCAUGA